UUUACGUGGUGACGUGUACCGGAAGACAUGCCAACUACACGGUCUGACUGACAGCAGUUACGCUAGCUGUGAAAGACGAGCGUCAGCAGUGUAUUAGUAUUAGUUAUAGUAAGUUUAUUAAACCUACAUGGACUGUGUUGUCCUAUAUUCACGUUAGCUAUCUUCACACUCAAACAAAUGAGAAACAAGGGCGCUAGUGUGUAUUUAGCCUAGCUUGUCUUAGCUGUCACAGCUUUCUCACGCCAUCACCAUCAGGGACAUCUUGCUGCGGACAGCUCCUGCAUGAGGUUGCUGUCUGUUCACUGAAGACAUGGCCAGUCCAGAUGAUCUACAAUUCCAAGAGUUCGAGGAAGCAGCAGAGCUUCUGUCUGCUGACCCGGGGGCCUCCACACUCAGUAUGUCUGCCUCAAACAACACCACUACAGCCACAGCAGCAGCAGCAGCAGCAGGAGGAGGAGGAGGAGGAGGAGGAGAGGAUGUGAAACUAGAUCUUUCAGAGGACGAGGAGGGCCAGGAGGAGAGCUCGGAGCUGUUAGGAGGACAGAAAGCAACUGGGGGCUUCUGGACCUUUGAGUACUAUCAGUCUUUCUUCAAUGUGGACACAAUGCAGGUGCUGGACCGGGUUAAGGGGUCGGUAAUGCCAUUACCUGGAAGAAACUUUAUCAAACACCACCUUAGGAAUAACCCAGAUCUGUAUGGUCCAUUCUGGAUCUGUGUGACGCUGGUUUUCUCAGUAGCGAUCAGUGGGAACUUGUCCACCUUCCUCAGUAAGAUGGGAGACCCUGCCUACCACUACAGACCACAGUUCCACAGAGUGACGAUAGCUGCAGUAGUCAUCUUCAUGUAUGCCUGGCUGGUGCCGAUUGGGGUAUGGGGUUUCCUGACCUGGCGCCAAGGGAAUGAGAGGCAGAUUGGAGGCUACUCCUUCCUGGAGACUGUGUGCGUCUACGGCUACUCCCUUUUCAUCUAUAUCCCCACCUCGGUUUUGUGGAUCAUUCCGUAUGAGUGGUUGCGCUGGACACUGAUCCUGGUUGCCAUGGCGAUCUCUGGCUCAGUCCUGGUCCUCACCUUCUGGCCCGUUGUCCGUGACGACACCAAGGUGAUGGCCGUGGCUACAGUUGCGACCAUCGUGGUUUUGCACAUGCUGCUGGCUAUCGGCUGUAAGCUUUACUUCUUCCAGACGGGGGUCCUCCUACCAACACCAGCAACGGACCCUACGACCCCCCCGAUUCACACGACACUGUCCACCCAACGUCACUGACCAACAAGAUAAAGGAGGAGUGAAGGACAUGAAGGAUGUCUCUGUUGUGUUUGGAAUCACAUACAGACAUAAAGCUAUGUGUAGACAGGCUGGGUGAGGCAAUGAUGAUUAUUGCCAUUGUGUAAUUUGUUCAGUAUGUGGGGAUGGGGGGUGGGUGGGUGUGUGUGCUUGUUAGUCUAAUUUAUCCUGAGGUUGUUGUACUGUGACUGAAGCAGGACUUUCUGCAAUAAUUGUACAUUUCUACCGCGAUGUUUCAGGAUGUGGUGCAUCUAAUUACUCUAGAAUGGCUUCCUUUACACUGCGAUUCACCUCAUUUCAUCAGCACGAACCAAGAAAGGAGAGAAACAAUAAGGCUUCUUAACCAAGUACAAUCAUAGAACCAUGCUGCUACUAGGGCCUCAGUUUAUAUUCACAACACUGCUAUCUAGCAGUUAGCGGUGCAAUCACAAAAACCAGUACAGUGUUUUCAAGAACCGAUACAAUAUGUUACGAAAUAUUUCUAGCUGCUACCACUCAUUCCUGCCUACAAGAUAUCAGAGGGAUACGUUCUGAUAUCACAUCAGUAUCAGUAACUGAUGUUGUUGCUUCAGCAAAAGGUGCUCAUCCAAGAUAGUGAUGACAAAGCAACUUGUUUGCGAUAUCGUGCUCCCCUCUCUAAAUCUGUUGAAACAGGAGUCCAGAGGUAGAUCGACCUCUUUUGAGGACAGGUAAAAUGUGUGAUAAUGAAGCAUUGUAGUGCUGUGGAGACAACCUAGAGUUACCAGCCUUGUUCUCCAUAUGUAUAAAAAAUAUGUUUGUUUGGUACAGACCCCAACAAAUCAUCAUCACAUGAAAAAAUUGCGAGGCAAAAUUGAUCAUUCCUACUAAUCGUGAAUCCGAUCGCAAUGUGAUGUGAUUUUUAUUUUUUUACCCCUAGCUGUACUUUUUAAGUUCUAAUUAGCAAGUGUUAGCAUGCUAAACCAAGAUGAUGAACAUGGUAAACAAUAUACCUGCUAAACAUCAGCAUGUUAGUAUUUUCAUUUUUUAUGUUAGCUUUUAACGUUAGCAUUAGCUCACUUGUCUUAGUAGAGGCACACAGAGCUGCUAGCGCGGCUGCCGACUCUUGUUGCUUGAUAAAUGACAUGUUAAUGAAUUAUUUGGAUGCUGUAAAGCUCUCUCCCAGCAGCUGCAGCUUUCAGCAAAUGAUGUAAAAUUUCAAGAGUUAACAGAUGUUCAAAACUAAACACUGGAUCUUGUGAAUGUAUUUCCAUGAAGCAGUUAGCUUCAGUCGCAGAUGUGGGAAAGGAAGCCAUUCCAGAUGGUAGUGCAGGGUUAUAAAUAUGUUUCAAUGAACCAAGACUGGAAAAGGACUCCUUCUGAUGCACCACAUCACUCGUCCUAAUCGUAAGAAACAUGACGAACUCAGCCUCUAACCCUCACUCACUCAAAUGACUUCAUUUACCUUAAUUGCAUUUAUGAUUUAUUGUAAAUUGAGUGAUAAGUUUAUGUCUGCAGAUUUAUUUAUUCCCUACUGUGAUGCUGUUAAGGGUUCUAUUUGUUAAUAAACUUAGAGUCUUACUCCUUA